AUGACCCCCAGUAACCAGCGUGAGCUCAUCUGCCAGAAGGAUAUGAAAAAGCAAGUGACUCAGUUAAGAAAAGACCUAGAUGAUAGGCUUUCUACUGUUGCUGACAGGCAAGGGACCCAGAUAUCAUACAGCAGAAGCAGAAACAGGCAAACGUAAAGGAGAAACCCAAGCAGCAUUGUGGCUUCCUGUACAAUCCUCUUGCUCUUAGUCUGUGUCCCUGGAGCCAGUCCAAUACUUGUGUUUCCUCCUGUGGUGUCCACAGGUCCCUUUGCCCUGAGUCUGCAGAGGGUCUCUUUUUUACUUCCUUUUUCUCAGGUAGCCUCUCUCCCCAUGGGUCACUCCUGA